UAUAAAUUUAUUACAUAAUAAUAAUAAUAAUUAAUAAUAAUAAUAUAAUAUAAGAAACAUAGAUCUCUGUGGGGGAUGUGUAUCACAACGUCAAGGGCGGGAGGCGAAUGGCCGCGCCUCCGUUGACUCCGGAGAAGGAGAAAGCUCCUCCGAAAAUCCAUACAAAAAUUAAGGGUGAAGUCAAACUGACCCUGGGAAAUUAAAAACGGAACGAAAACCCACGGGUGAGUCCGGCUGGGGGACGGGGCCGAGAGUGUGGCGGGGCCGGGCUGUGCACAUGCAGCGGGCGUGAGGGCGUGGCACAUGCAUGGGCGGCGAGGGCGCGGCCGCCGCGGAUGGGCCUGGCGGGGCCGGGGUCCCCCCCGGGAGCUGGGUGACCCCAGGGGGUUCUGCUCUUUGUCACAGUCGGGGCUACGGACGGGCGGAUGGAAGGGGGGGGCGAUGGCGCCGGGCUGGACAACGGAAAAAUAUCGACAACUUGGCGGGGGGGGAAAAAACCCCGUUGGAAGCGGGGCGCGGGGGGAAAAGAAAAGGAAAAGUGUCUCCCUUUGUACAGCGGGAAAACCCGAGUGGUGGAGAAGCCAUGAGAGGAAUCACAGUAACCGCCGCGGCCCCGGGGCGGCGCGGCCGGGGGCGGCGUGGCCGGGGGCGGCUCGGCCGGGGGGUUGGCGUGGCCGAGCCGUGGUCAAGGGGUCGGCGUGGCCAAGAGGCCAAGCGGUGGUCGAAGGGUCAGCGCGGCCGAGGGGCGCUCGAGGGCUUGGCACGGCCGAUGGGUUGGCGUGGCCAAGUGGUCAACACGGCCAAGGGGUUGGCGUGGCCCAAGGGGUUGGCGUGGCCCAAGGGGUUGGCGUGGUCAAGGGCUGGUCAAGGGUUUGGCACGGCCAAUGGGUUGGCAUGGCCAAGUGGUCAACACGGCCGAGGGGUUGGCAUGGCCGAGGGGAUGGGGUGGUCAGAGGGUCGGCACGGCCGUUGGGUUGGCAUGGCCCAGGGGUCAACACGGCCGAGGGGCUGGCGUGGCCGAGGGGUUGGCGUGGUCAAGGGGUCAGCAUGGCCAAGGGCUGGUCAAGGGUUUGGCACGGCCGAUGGGUUGGCAUGGCCCAGGGGUCAACACGGCCAAAGGGUUGGCAUGGCCAAAGGGCCAAGGGGUGGCCAAGGGGUCGGCAUGGCCGAAGGAUUGGCAUGGCCGAAGGAUUGGCACGGCCGAGGGGUCACCAUGGCCGAGGGGUCAGCAUGGCCGAGGGGUCAGCAUGGCUGAAGGAUUGGCGUGGCCGAGGGUGCUUAAAGGGUCAGCACAGCUUCGGGGUCAGGGUGGCUGUGGGGUCAGGGUGGCUGUGGGGCCAAUGGGUCUGAGGGCUGACCAAAGGUUUGGCACGGCCGAUGGCUUGGCAUGGCCAAGGGGUCAGUGUGGUCAAGGGGCCAGCCUGGCCAGUGGGUUGGCGCGGCCACGGCACGGCCGAGGGGUUGGCACGGCCACAGAGCUGGCGUGGCCGAGGGGUCAAUGCGGCCGAGGGGUCGGCACAGCCGAUGGGUUGGCGUGGCCGAGGGGUCGGCGUGACCCCGGGACUGGCGUGGCCGAGGGGUCGGUGUGGCCAAAGGUUUGGCAUGGCCGAUGUGUCGUUGUGACCGGGGGGUCGGUGUGACCCGGGGGCUGGCAGAGCCGGGGGUGACCGAGGGGUCGGCACGGC